AUGCUCUUCCGACCUUCUCGCCACCUCCUAAGAUCCCGCAUCCUCCGCGUAGCCAUUCUCAUCUUCAUCGUCUGGACCCUCUUGGAAGCUUCGUAUAUCCACCGCAACUUGAGCGCCAACGAGCCCCUUGCCCCAAGACGUGCAUCUACGGAGAAGGUCUUCAUAGCCGGCCUGCCCUGGAACAACGAGAUCAUCCUCCGCACUCACCUCAUCAACCAAAUCCGCGACGUGGUCCACGCUCUUGGCAUAUCGAACGUCUUCAUCUCCAUCUACGAGAACGGUUCAUACGACGGCACCAAAGACGCUCUCCGGGACUUGCAUCGCGAGUUAGAUGAACUUGGCGUCCGGACUAAAUUUGUGCUAGAUGAGACGAGCCAUGAGGACAUCGUCAAAGCACGGCCGACCACGCCUCAGGAGGGCUGGAUCAAGAUACAGCAGACUGGGUUUGAGAAGUUUGACAUCCAUCAAGGCGACUAUGCUUUGAGAAGGAUCCACUAUCUGGCCCAGCUGCGGAAUAAGGCGCUCGAACCGCUGGUAGAGCUGGGUAAGAAGGGAGAGAAGUUCGACAGGGUGCUAUUCUUGAACGACGUCGUCUUCUCUGCGGACGAUGUGCUGAACCUGCUUCAGACAAAGGAUGGGAAGUAUGCAGCAGCCUGCUCGCUGGACUUUGAGUCGCCGCCGGCCUUUUACGACACCUUUGCUUUGCGAGACAGCGAAGGGUAUCCGGCUUUGAUGCAGACUUGGCCUUUCUUUCGCUCUGCUGCUUCGAGAGACGCGGCCAUGGUGAACGACCCAGUUCCUGUACGAAGCUGCUGGAACGGCAUCGUAGCAAUGCCAGCCAGCCCUUUCUACAGCCCCACCACUCGGCUGCGCUUCCGCGGGGUCCCAGACACGCUCGCAGCCCACCACAUCGAGGGCUCAGAAUGCUGCCUCAUACAUGCCGACAACCCACUCUCAUCCUCCUUGGGCGUCUGGAUCAACCCAAACGUACGAGUCGGCUACUGCCACGCCGACCUGCACAAGCCGGAGAAAGCAAAGUUCAAACUUGACUGGGACGUCUUCAAGGGUUUAUGCCAGAUGAAUUAUGAUGCCGUGCACCCUGCGGGCGGAGAUACUUGGAUCGGGUUGAUGAGAGUUGCUGUGGGGUUGUGGGAGAAUAGGUUGAGGAGGUGGGUUACCUGGGGUGAGGUGGUGAGUCGGAAGGUGGCGAGAGAAGUGGGAACAUGGGAGAGAGAAGGGCACAGUGAAGCUGGGAAGAUGUGUCUUGUUGACGAGAUGCAUGUUAUUGAGCCACACGGCUGGUUGCACGUUUAG